CUUCCAGCGCCCGCACGCGCCACCCGCGCCAUGAAGAAAGAAAAAAUGAUGGAGCGAUUCACCGAAGCCAAAAUGUACCAACUAGUCAACAUUUACAAACAAUACAACUGUCUAUGGGACAUCAGUAACGAAUUAUACAAAAACAGGACAGCUAGAGACAACGCUUAUAAAGAAAUAUUGCAAAAAUUAAAUAUUCCCGAGUUAAAAGUCCGUGAUGUUCCGCAAAAGAUAAAGAAUUUGAGGACCUCGUACUACCAGGAGAUCAGAAAGAUUGAAGCUAGUAUGAAGGAUGGCGUGGCGACUUAUACGCCGAAGGUGUCCUGGUUCCCGAUUGCUGACGAAAUUUUACGAACGAUUCCGAGUAAUCGAGAGCGUUCCGAAACUGGAUCAGAACCAGAAACAAGUAACAAACGAUUUAAAAAAUCCACAGAAACGAAACUCCCAUCGUUAGACCAAGCCCCAAAAACUGUAACACAUACUACACAACACUAUGAACUACAGACAAACAACAUGGAUGACGAAUUUGACAGCUUCGGUAAAUACAUCGCGUCAAGUUUGCGCGCCAUGACAGAAGAAAUGUCAAUUAUUGCGAAAAUGGAACUGCAGAAAACUUUGGCGGGAAUACAGUUGCAGGCUGUAAGACAGAAAUAUAAGGGUGCUCAACAAGAAUGUGCACCUUCCACGUCUGCAGAACAACUGCUCGACUCUACGGAAGAAUUUAUGCCAGUGGCUGAUUAUGCUGUCAAAGUUGAAAUGUUACAAUAAAUAGUAUUUGGACUACUUUAUUGUGACUGUCUUUAAGAAUUCGUACUUAUGGGAGAUUGUUCUAUUUAAAAGUAAAAUGUUGCAAAUUUCUAAAAGCAGGAGUGUUAUGAUUAGUGUUAAUUUCGACGUAAAUAUUGAAAUUUAUAAUAAUUAAGUGUAAGCCAUGCCAACGAUUGUUAAAUAAAUAAUUAAAAUCGA